AUGUCAACACCAACAACAACCGAUCCAUCCAACAAGUCGAGCAUUCUCUCAAGCACGGCGUACUUCAUUCUCUGUGGAUUGUACAUUGUUGGAUUUUCCCAAAUUCUUCUGAAUGCUUGUAAAGAUGCCUUUACAAUACGCAUGAAAGCAAUUGAGGAGUAUGGAAGAGUCAUCCACGAAUUUGAUCCUUAUUUCAACUAUCGUGCUGCUGAAUAUCUUUGGCAGCAUGGUACCACUAAAUUCUUUCAUUGGUUCGAUUAUCAAUCUUGGUACCCUCUUGGACGUCCCGUUGGAACCACCAUCUUCCCUGGAAUGCAAUUUACGAGUAUGUGGAUCAAAAUGUUCAUCUUACCCGAUUGGAGCAUCAAUGACAUUUGCUGCUUAGUUCCAGCCUGGUUUGGUGUUCUCGCAACACUCGCUACGGCUGCUGUGUGUUAUGUGGCAGUCGAUUCCAUCAAAUCAUCGAAGAAGAAAUCUAUCCUACAGAAUCUUCCUGUUGUUUCUUUCCUGACUGAGAAACUCCUCAUCCCUGCUGCCAAAUUCGCUGAGAAACAAUUGAAAAACAUGACUGGUUCUACUUGGGGUCUGCCUACCUUCAAGAAUCCUCCCGCAUUGGAGUCGGCUGUGUUCACAGCUUCUAUUAUGAGCGUUGUUCCUGCUCACUUGAUGCGUAGUAUUGGGGGAGGAUAUGACAACGAGAGUGUCGCAACGACUGCGAUGCAACUGACAUUCUGGUUCUGGGUUUGGACACUCGCCAGUCCAAGCUAUUCGAUUGUACUCGGUACUAUCACUGGUUUCGCUUAUCUUUACAUGGUAGCAGCAUGGGGUGGCUACGUCUUCGUCAUCAACCUUAUUGGUGUACAUGCAGUGAUCCUUUUCCUUCUGAGAAUAACACCUUGGGAUCACUUGUACAAAUCGUACACUAGCUUUUAUAUCGUGGGCACUUUCUUGGCUAUCCAAGUCCCUGUGGUAGGCUGGACACCUAUCAAAUCCCUUGAGCAGCUGGGUCCACUCGGGGUAUUCCUUGGGUUUCAAGUAUUGCAACUUAUGAGAAUUCUGGAGCAAAAAUACAAGAAGGUGAACAAGUGGAAGGUCCGCACUUAUGUUGUCUUGGGAGGAAUGAUUGUUGCCUUGCCAGUAUUGUACUACCUGUAUUCCAUUGGAUACUUUGGACCAAUCUCAUCUCGCGUGAGAGGCUUGUUUGUAAAGCACACAAAAACUGGAAAUCCCUUGGUCGACUCUGUGGCUGAGCAUCAAGCAGCAUCCCCGCAAGCGUAUGAGCAAUAUCUCGAUGUUGCCGUUCAUAUUGCACCCAUCGGUUUUGGAAUAGUCGGGCUAAUCGGAUGCACCCCUGCCAGUAGCUUUUUGAUCACGUAUGGUGUAGCUGCCUACUUUUUCAGUCACAGAAUGGUACGAUUGAUCCUUCUCACAGCCCCCAUCGCAAGUAUUUGUGGAGGUAUCGCCCUUGGGUAUGGAUGGGCAUGGGCAAUGGCUGCGAUCUUUGGCGAUGCCCGGCCUUCCAUUGACUUUAUGUUUGAAGAAGAGGAAGUCACGGCCACAGAAUUGGCAGAAGUAGAGAAACCAAAAGUAGAGAAGUCAAAGGAAAAGAAGAAGCAGAAGAAAGGCAUGUCGAAGAAGGACACCACAGGAAGCGGCGAUGGAAACGACAAAUCGGAGUCGGGGCCAGACAACAACGGUGGUGACCCACUAUGGACUCGUCUCGUGCGACUUCUCAUCGCUACAUGGGCCAUUAUGGAAAUUAUGCCAGCUGUGGACAGUUUCCGUGACAAGGCCGAGCAAAUGUCACAUGCUUUGUCUCACCCAACCAUCAUCAUGAAACAUGGUGACUACAUCAUUGAUGAUUAUCGUCAAGCAUACUUUUGGUUGCGUGAUAAUACUCCUGAAGAUGCUAGAAUCAUGGCUUGGUGGGACUAUGGAUACCAAAUCACUGGCAUUGCCAACCGAACAACUAUCGCCGAUGGCAAUACAUGGAAUCAUGAGCACAUUGCACUCCUAGGUCGCAUCUUGACAAGUCCAUUGAAGGAUGCCCAUCGAAUCACAAGGCAUUUAGCUGACUACGUAUUGGUUUGGGCCGGUGGUGGUGGAGAUGAUGUUGCCAAGAGCCCACACUUGCGGAGAAUCGCAAACUCUGUCUACCGAGGCUUAUGCCGCGAACCCACAUGCCGGGAUUUUGGAUUCUACCGACAAGGGGAGCCUACACCAGAGAUGGAGGAAAGUCUUUUAUAUAGUUUACACAGUCACAAUAUCGCUCCAGGUGUUGAAGCGGACCGCAAUCGAUUCAAGGAGGUUUACAUGAGCAAGAACGGCAAGGUUCGAAUCUUCAAGGUCAUGAGUGUUUCCAAGGAGUCCAAAGAAUGGGUAAAGAAUAACAGGAAAUGCGACGCUCCAGAUUCGUGGUUUUGUCCAGGCCAAUAUCCUCCUGCUCUCGAGAAGAUCUUGAAGGAAAAGAAAGAUUUCGCACAGCUGGAAGAUUUCAAUCGUGGUGUCUCCGGCGAUGCCGAGUACCAGAAGCAGUACUUUGAAAACUUGAACAAUAAAGGGGGAGCAGGAUCAAAGAAAAAGAUGAAGAAACCAUCUUUCGAAAAAGUUGACGAGGAAGCCAUCAAAGUACUGAAUGAACAUUGGGAGGACAACGAACGCUCAAGUCUGAUGUGGGAUCUCAUUUCGUCGGGCAAUGGAAGAGAGUUUAUUGAUGCGCUGCAGCAAUAUCCUGAACUAGCGCACAUUCGUUCUGCAGAUGGUAGAGGGCCCAUGUGGUGGGCUCACGAAUACAACCGCCCAAAGAUGGCUGAAGUACUCGCAAAGCUUGGUGUCUCGGAUCAAUUGAAGGAUUCUGACGGGCGUCGCCCAGGAGAGUAA